GAUCAGGAUGGGCCAGUUGCCGACUGGAGAGGGAUGGGAGGAGAUACCAUAGGGUUUGGGGGGCUUGGCACAGCGGCCCUGGCCUCUGCACUGUGAUAGCUCCAAGCCAGAUGGUGCAAGGCAGCUGCUGGGCUGCGGGGAAGAGGGGCUGCACUUCCUGAGCUGGUGCAGCGGCAGAGUGGAUAAGGACCAGGACCCCGAGCCCGCCUGGCCCUCCAAGGCGGGGGGACACCGGCUGCACCCAGGCUGUGACCUCAGCUGACUCCGAUGAUCCACAUGGGAUGCAGGGUCUAAUUUUAGCCCCAGCCACAGGGGCCACAGCCCAGGAGUGUCUGCCAGCGGGCACAGGGGCAGCCAGGGCUGCUCAGGCAAGGGGAGGAGUGGGAAGACCAGCCCAGCUCCCUCCAGCCUGUCCCUGGCCAAGCCGCCUCCUGUGUGAGCUCUGACUGGUCCCCAUGGCCUGGCAGACAGCCCUCCUCUCAGUUGAGGGCAAGGUCAAGGGGUGCAGCCAGGAGGGCAGGGGGACACGGCCCUGCAUUCUGGACAGGGGUUGCGUCAGCCAGAGCAGUGCCCAGGGGCAGGGGUCCCUGCUGGGAGGGAAAAGGCUGGCUUGGUUGUCCAAAGGCCGAGAAGGCAGAGUCCUGAGAGCAGGGGGGCCAGGCCAGCAAGCUGUGUCCCACCUGGCCUCCUCCUGCCUGGCUGGUGACUCACUAUCUGACCUUAGACAGGUGGCCUGGUCUCGAUGGGCCUCAGUCUUCCCAUCUGUACAAUGACGGCGCAGGACUAGCAGGUCGGUCUCAGCUCUGGUCUCCCGCCCCAGGCCCUGCUCUUCCUGCUUGCUGGCAGAGGCCUCCCAGCUUCCCUAGCCCUGACUGUGGGUAGCCACAUGCAGUCGUGGAGGAGAAGAAAGUCCCUGUGGCUGGCACUGUCAGCCUCCUGGCUCCUGCUUGUCCUGCUGGGAGGCUUCUCCCUUCUCCGCCUGGCAUUGCCUCCCAGACCUCAGCCCGGGGCUUCCCAAGGCUGGCCCCGCUGGCUGGACGCAGAGCUCCUGCAGAGCUUCUCCCAGCCUGGAGAGCUCCCAGAAGAUGCCGUUUCACCUCCUCAAGCCCCUCAUGGUGGCAGCUGCAACUGGGAAGCCUGCUUUGAUACCUCAAAGUGCAGGGGCGAUGGCCUUAAGGUAUUCGUGUACCCAGCGGUUGGACCCAUCUCUGAGACUCAUCGCAGGAUCCUGGCUUCCAUUGAGGGCUCUCGCUUCUACACAUUCAGCCCUGCUGGGGCCUGCCUCCUCCUCCUCCUCAGCCUGGACGCCCAGACUGGAGAGUGCAGCUCAAUGCCUCUGCAAUGGAACAGGGGCAGGAACCAUCUGGUCCUCCGUCUCCGCCCAGCUCCCUGCCCCAGGACCUUCCAGCUGGGACAGGCUAUGGUGGCUGAGGCCAGCCCCACGGUGGACUCCUUCCGGCCCGGCUUUGAUGUGGCCCUCCCUUUUCUCCCUGAAGCCCACCCGCUGCGAGGUGGGGCUCCUGGCCAGCUGCGGCAACACAGCCCCCAGCCCGGGGUAGCCCUGCUAGCCCUGGAAGAGGAGAGGGGUGGGUGGCGCACAGCAGACACCGGCUCCUCUGCCUGCCCCUGGGAUGGGCGCUGUGAGCAAGACCCUGGACCUGGGCAGACCCAGCGCCAGGAGACGCUGCCCAAUGCCACCUUCUGCCUCAUCUCUGGCCACCGUCCCGAGGCUGCCUCACGCUUCCUCCAAGCCCUGCAGGCCGGCUGCAUCCCAGUGCUUCUCAGCCCCCGCUGGGAGCUGCCCUUCUCCGAGGUCAUCGACUGGACCAAGGCAGCCAUCGUAGCUGAUGAGAGGCUCCCGCUUCAGGUCCUGGCUGCCCUCCAGGAGAUGUCCCCUGCACGGGUCCUCGCCCUGCGUCAGCAGACCCAGUUUCUAUGGGAUGCCUACUUCUCCUCAGUGGAGAAGGUCAUCCAUACCACUCUGGAGGUUAUUCAGGACCGGAUUUUUGGAACAUCAGCUCACCCCUCACUGCUGUGGAACAGCCCCCCAGGGGCACUCCUGGCCCUGUCUACUUUUUCCACAAGCCCCCAGGACUUCCCUUUCUACUACCUGCAACAGGGCUCCUGCCCUGAGGGCAGAUUCAGCGCCCUGAUCUGGGUGGGGCCCCCAGGCCAGCCCCCUCUGAAGCUCAUCCAGGCGGUGGCAGGCUCCCAGCACUGUGCCCAGAUCUUGGUUCUCUGGAGCAAUGAGAGGCCACUCCCAUCCAGGUGGCCGGAGACAGCUGUGCCCUUGACAGUCAUUGAUGGGCACAGGAAGGUUAGUGAUCGCUUCUACCCAUAUAGCACCAUCAGAACAGAUGCCAUCCUCAGCCUCGAUGCCCGCAGCAGUCUUUCCACAAGUGAGGUGGACUUUGCCUUUCUGGUGUGGCAGAGCUUCCCAGAGCGGAUGGUGGGCUUCCUGACGUCGAGCCAUUUCUGGGACGAGGCCCAUGGUGGCUGGGGCUACACUGCUGAGAGGACCAACGAAUUCUCCAUGGUUCUCACCACAGCCGCCUUCUACCAUAGGUAUUACCACACUCUCUUCACCCACUCCCUGCCCAAGGCUCUGAGGACCCUGGCAGAUGAGGCACCCACCUGUGUGGACGUCCUGAUGAAUUUCAUAGUAGCAGCAGUCACCAAGCUGCCCCCUAUCAAGGUGCCCUAUGGCAAGCAGCGCCAGGAGGCUGCUCCACUGGCGCCUGGGGUCCCGGGGCCCAGGCCAAAGCCGCCUGCCCCAGCCCCCGACUGCAUCAACCAGAUAGCGGCAGCGUUCGGCCACAUGCCCUUGCUGUCCUCUCGUCUGCGUCUGGACCCGGUGCUGUUUAAGGACCCGGUGUCUGUGCAGCGCAAGAAGUACCGCAGCCUGGAGAAGCCCUAGGGGGGGCGACCCGUGGAGACCCCAGCAGAGGUCGCAGCCCAGCUCCCAGGGGGCCCGGCGCCUGCCGGCGGGCUCCGCUCUUGGGACACCGGAGAACCUAUCAUGGCAGCCAGCGGGCCCACACGUCGGACCCCGGUUGGCCAAUCACAACAGGGGGACGUGGCCCUACCUCCUCCUGCCCGCCCUCAGCCGCGGAGCCUCUGCGGAGGCUGAGCCCCGCGACCAGAGCGCUGCUCUCCGCUUCUCCACCCAGCUAACUUCUGCUUGUCUUUCAGAGCAUUGUCUCCUCCAGGGACUUGCCUGGCCCUCCUCCCCCUCUGCCCCCGAUGGGUUCGGUCUCCUUUGCGCUUUCGCAGCCCAGUGUUUGCCGCGGUUCCCGCACGGUCAGGCCCGAGGACUGGCUUGCGAGCCCCGGGGGGCGGGUCGUGUCGUGUCCUUUUCUCUCUGGCUAGGCAGGUGUGCCGCAAAUAUUUGACGAAUAGACGGAUGGCAGACAUUAACUGCGUGCCUGGCCCUAUGAGGGCGGCGGCGGGACAGGGUGAGCGGAGAGACAGAACUGUCCCCGCCCCACCCCGCCACCCAUUCCUAGGGUUCCUAGUCCCGGGAAGGCAACUACCCAAAGAGGCCUGGGUUGUCAGGCUCAAUCCUUGAGCCUCAACCAAGGAGCAGAGGGGUGCGGGUAAACGAGGAGUGGGGCGAGGAAAGCGGGAUGGGAACAAGUGGUCUGUCCCCGCACGGCCCGCGGCUCAGCCUUGGCCGUCUGCCCUGCACUACCAAGGCCGACCACUAGAGGUCAGCGUCGCGCCGCACUCUUCACCCGCAUGUCCAGAGGGCGGCCGGGAUGUGGAGGGUGAGCGCUGUGGGCAGCUCGGGGGCUGAAAGCUGGGAAGAGAAAUCUGAAGAACAGCCCCAUCUCUUUCGCCUGCACACUUGGAACUCAGCAAGAAGGGACUGUUUUUAGGUGGGCUGGGCGCAAGCAGGGACUGUUCCGAGCGGUAUAGGUGAGAAUGGAGUUGGGGGGGCGGACACUAAGUCCUCCGGGGUUCACCCACCUGGAGCUGGAAUUAUCACUUCCGAAAUAAAGCGCGUGUCCUUGCCCCCUCA